GCCUUGUCCAGCCUCGCCAUCUCGCUUCAGCUGCAACCCUCCAUCGCCGAGCGCUGCCGCUUCUCCUCCCUUUCCUCUCAGCCUCUUGCUUCCUUCUCCCAUUGCAUCUCCGUCCCCGAUACGUCCCGCCACCCUCCCUCUGUCUGACUGACGCGCAGCUCCUCCCGCCAAACCGCCCAUCAUGAUGAGCUGGUGGUCCACCUCGGCCAACACGGCCCUGGACGAACAGAUCGACAAGGCCACGAGCAGCAGUUUGGAAGACAUCGCGCUCAACCUCGAGAUCUCCGACGUCAUCAGGUCCAAGACGGUUGCGCCCAAGGAAGCCAUGCGGUCGCUCAAGCGGCGCAUCGGCAACAGAAACCCAAACACGCAGCUGAGCGCCCUCAACCUUACCGACACUUGCGUCAAGAAUGGCGGGUCUCACUUCCUCACGGAAAUCGCCUCCCGCGAGUUCAUGGACAAUCUGGUCUCGCUCCUCCAAGCUGUCGGGCCCGUUGCCGUCAACGCCGAAGUCAAGUCCAAGAUUCUGGAGCUGAUCCAGUCAUGGGCCGGCGCCACAGAAGGACGAUACGAGCUCUCUUAUAUCGGCGAAGUGUAUAAGCGCUUGCAGCGGGAGGGGUAUCAGUUUCCUCCGCGAGUGACGGUGGCGAGCAGCAUGAUUGACAGCAGCGCGCCCCCGGAGUGGAUCGAUUCCGAUGUUUGCAUGCGAUGUCGAACGCCCUUUACUUUUACCAACCGAAAACACCACUGCCGAAACUGCGGCAACUGCUUUGACCAGCAGUGUUCCAGCAAAUCGCUCCCUCUGCCUCACCUAGGGAUCCUCACCCCUGUGCGAGUAGAUGACGGGUGCUAUGCUAAACUCACGAACAAGGGGUUCAAGGAGCCGAUCCCAUCCCUCGACCGCACACCGACGUAUCCUCACAAGACCCGCAGCACAUCUGCCAUGCAGCCUCGGAAUGCGCGCGUCGAUGACGGAUUCGAUGAAGAUCUGAAAAAGGCCUUGGCCAUGAGCUUGGAGGAAGUCAACAACGCUUCGCGCGGAAGAGUUCAGCCGCCGACUACCAACGGACCUAAGACGACAGGAGGUGAUGCCGCCGCAACGAAGCAGUUUGAAGAGGAGGACGAGGACUUGAAAGCUGCGAUCGCCGCCUCCCUGGCAGACAUGGAAGAGCAGAAGAAGAGGCAUGCUGCCGCGUUGAAGGAGCAGACCUCGGGGCCAGCCGCCUCUUCCUCUGCCACAUUCACGCUGCCCAAGAACGACUAUGAAUUGACGCCGGUGGAGGCGGAGAAUAUCAAUCUGUUUGCCACGCUGGUCGACCGGCUCCAGACACAACCUCCGGGCACGAUUUUGCGAGAGCCCCAGAUCCAAGAGCUGUACGACAGCAUCGGAUCGCUCCGCCCUAAGCUGGCGCGGACAUAUGGCGAAACGAUGAGCAAGCAUGUAGAUACCCUCCUCGACCUCCAUGCCAAGCUGUCUACCGUUGUCCGAUACUAUGACCGGAUGCUGGAAGACCGGCUAUCAAAGGCAUACAGCCAGCAGAGUCUCGGUGGAUACAACCUGCCACCUCCUCGCCAGUCCUCCGGACCCUAUCCUUCAAUACCUUCCCAUGCUCCAAGCAACUCUGUCGGCGCCGAGAACUUUUACACCGGCCAACAGUCAGGCUAUGCGCCACCUGGCCAGCCGCUGUACCAAAUGCCACCUCAACAUGCCAUGCCGCAGUCCCCUUAUCCGGCCUAUGCUGGGAUGCCUGCGCCCGAUGCCAUUCCCGCGACUUAUCCCCCCCAGCAACAGAUGCAGCCGCCGGACGGUUGGAACAACAGGGCCCCGCCUGCUCCCGAGCCGUACCAACAGCAGCCGCAGGAGACGCCGGAAGAUCAAAGACAGUACCCUCAGCAAGCAGCUGUGUCACCGUCGACAGACCCCAACGCUUCGUACUACUUCAACACCUCACAGCCUAUACAGGCCGCUCCCACGGGGCCAUCUGCCCCCGGCUCCGCUCCGGACGCGAGUCCGUCGCCAUAUCCCAACUUGAACCAGUCGCCCAUGCCUUACCACAGGGGCUCAGUGUCAGCACACACGCAAGCGACUCCUCUCCAGGCCCCCGCUCAACUCUCUCAACCACCCAAUGCACCUCACAUGCCUGCUCAAUCCCAGGCCCCCUCUGCUCCGACACCCCCACAGCCGUUCCAGCAGGAUAUACCGCAAGGAUCCCCCUAUCAAGUUGCCAUGCCACAGCAGCAGCAGCAGCAGCCUCCAGCCCCUCCGCCUGAAUGGGCAGGAUACUCGCAAUACUCGAUGCCCUCUGUGCCGCAGCAGGAGCCUGUGCACCAACAGCAGCCGGUGCAAGAGGAGGCACUCAUCGAGUUGUGAGUGUUGUUCAUCUACAGUGUACCUCGGGUGGUGGUGGAAGGGAUUCAGGCGGCAAUCGGUCAUGACGGUGCGAGUUAAAAGUGACAAUGGGGAGUUUGUUUGUUCUACACUUUCUAUAUCACUAUUGAAGUGGCGUUUUCCCUCAAACGAUGGCUGGGCAAAGAUUGGCUGGUGGUGUUGACAUGGAGU